AUGGUUGUUCUUACGAGACAGAGAAAGUUCGUGGUGCCAUUCCAAAUUGAGAUUGAAGGACAGAAAAUAAAGUCGGUGAUGUGGCUAAAGUACCUAGGGGUAUUCGUGGAUGCCAAACUAAAAUUUUGGGUACAAAUAAAAGAAACAGCGGAAAAGGCCGCAACUGUGUUGGCCAUGCUAUCAAGGCUAAUGCCAAACAUAACCUGGCCCAGAAGCAGCAAAAGUAGAAUACUUAUGAGCGUCACCCACUACAUCAUCCUAUAUGGUGCUGAAAUUUGGGCAGAGGCUUUAAAUGUAGAAAAGUACGCAAAGAAGCUGGCGAACGUUUAA